AUGAGCAUUGCUCCGCGGCGUCGUGAGGAGAAGCUCCGGCUUGGCUUGUUGAGCCGCCCCCUUUCCACCGACACUUGCACUCGGACAGACCCUGGCAACCCAAGCGAGCGACGUCGUGGCCGUACGGGGCUCGUUGUCUACUCAGCAAGUUAUGAGGCUCGCUUCGUCUUCGCCAAGAACGCUCAGAGAACAUCUCGGACCAGCCUACUGUUCCAACUUGAAGACGAGGCCACCAGGGCUACCGCGACACCCCGUUCCUGCGGAGUGCGGGGAAGUUCAGAGGGAGGGGAAAAUGCGGAGGGGCAAUGCUAG